AUGAUGAAGAAAAUUGUUUUUAUUGGGGCUUUGCUGUUACAUCAGGCAAAAUCGUCCAUGAGUUGUCAUCCUCAUGUUAAUCUUGUAAAAGAGGAAGAAAAGUGCAUAAAAGAUCUGCAACUUUUUAAGCCACACAAAACAGAAAACGUCAGCGUACACUGCAAGGGAAUGUGGGACGACCUGAACUGCUGGCCACCAGCUUCUCUUGGAGAAACUGUGUCCCAACCGUGCCCUGAUUUUUUCAACUCUGCAGGAAAAGUGCAUCGAAACUGCACUGCUGAAGGAUGGACGGACCUUCUCGUCCCACAUGAGGAUGCAUGUGGCUACACUUUCAACGAGUCCUUUCAUUUUCUUGGAGAGCCCACAGAUUCCCAUUUGUAUUUCUCCUACGUGAAGACCAUGUACACAGCUGGAUACGCACUCUCUCUCAUCUCUCUUAGCAUCGCCAUCACCAUAUUCUUUUUGUUUAGGAAGCUCCACUGUACUAGGAACUACAUUCAUAUUCAGCUCUUCAUCUCCUUCAUCCUGAGAGCCAUCUUCAUCUUCAUCAGAGACAGUCUGUUAUUCACCAACGAAGAGCUCUAUCACUGUGACUACUACCCGGUGGCGUGUAAAAUUGUGCUGAUGUUUUCCAACUACUCCAUCCUCGCCAACUACAGCUGGCUGCUGGUGGAGGGUCACUUCCUGUUUAUGCUGGUGAGCCGCUCCUUCUUCUCCCUGAAGAAACACCUCGUCUGGUACAUCCUCCUAAGCUGGGGCUUACCGCUUGUUGUCAUCAUCUCCUGGGGAUGUGCCAAGUAUUUUUACGAAGACGAAGGCUGUUGGGAAACUAGGAGACAUGAAUGGAUUUGGUGGAUACUUCGAGUGCCAGUUCUUCUAACCAUAUGCGUGAAUCUCGUCUUUUUCUUGGGAAUCUUGAGGAUUUUGGUGAGCAAGCUCAGAAUGCCGGACGCUCAGAGGAAUGAAUUCAGCCAGUACAAGAGGCUGAUCAAAUCCACCUUCUUCCUGGUGGCCCUGUUUGGUCUGCACUACAUUCUGUUUGUUUUUCUGCCCGUGGAGGUCAGCAGCUCCGUGUUCAAGAUCUGGAUGUUUGCAGAGCUGGCUCUGUCAUCCACACAGGGUUUUGUGGUUGCCGUCCUCUACUGCUUCAUGAACGGAGAGGUGCAGCAGGAGCUGAAGAGGAGGUGGAGGAGAUGGAGGCUCGUUCGGCACCUUCCCAGUCGGCGCCGGCAGCACCGCGGCUCGCUCAGCCACAGCGGUUCUCCUCACACCCAGGUGUCCCUGCUGCCCUGCUCUCCAGGCAGCCUGAUGACCAGAGGACUCCCCGUGGACACGCUGGAGCCGUGA